AUGGCGGGCCCUGAAGACAAGAGGCCCGACGAGCACGCCGCCGCCGAGCCGGGCGCGACCGAACCCGCCCCCACGACGGAAGAUAGGCUAGAGGUCGCGCGACGGUUCCUGGACGACGAGACCGACCUAUCGGACGCUGAGAUCGACACCCUCCUCGGCCCCAGCGCCGACCCCAACUCUACACCAGAGCCCAUGCUCGCCCAGCUCACCGCCGCCCGCCUCGACCUCCACGCCUCCGCCUCCGCCCACGUCUCCGCCCUCAACGCCCGCCUCCAGGACGUCGUCUCCGAGAUUCCCGAGGCCGCCGUCGUCGUCUCCGCCUCGUCCCACGCCCACGCCCACGCCACCGCCGGCAGCGACUGCUCCAGCGAGUGCGAGGACCCUUCGGAGCUCUUCCACCGCGAUAUCGGCACCCAGACCUCCGACGCCGUCCCCUCCCCUUUCCGGCUCGCCAAGCUCGCCCGAAGCCUCGCCGACGUCAAGGAGGGACUCGACGCCCAGGCCGACGACAUGCACGACUACCUCGCCAUCAUCGAUAACCUCAGGGAUGACCUACGCCAGAGCUCCGUCUCUCGCUCCUACGCCAGCCUCGGCUGGAAACAGCCCGAGCCUGAUGAUGAGGUCAAAAAGGCCAAGGAUAACAUUCGUAGGCUGAAGGGCGUCUUCUUGAGCGCGAGGAACUUCCCCGUCUCUGCCAAAUAA